AUGGGCAGACAGAAUCUAACGGUGCCAACUGACAUCAUUCUGAGUCCAGUCUCCAGGCUACCUGAGCUUCAGCUCCCCCUUUUUUUGAUCUUCCUCAUCAUCUAUGUUCUCACAGUGGUGGGCAACCUGGGCAUGAUCUUUCUGACCAAGCUGGAUUCCCACUUACACACACCAAUGUAUUUUUUUAUCAGACACUUGGCUUACAUGGAUCUGGGUGAUGCCACCACCAUUUAUCCCAAAAUGCUGCUAAAUUUUGUUACAGGACAAAAUACCAUUUCCUAUUAUGCAUGUGCCACCCAGAUGGCCCUCUUCAUUGCAUUCAUUGUCAGUGAACUUUUCAUCUUGCCCGCCAUGGCCUAUGACCGCUAUGUGGCCAUCUGCAACCCUCUGCUCUACAACGUCAUCAUGUCUCAGAGACUUUGCCACGUGCUGCUGGGCAUUCCGUACCUCUACAGUAUCUUUCAGGGUCUGUUCUUUACUAGUAAAAUUUUUACAUCGACUUUCUGUACCAAUCUUCUCAGCCAUUUCUACUGUGAUAAUAUUUCUGUUUCAUUUAUGCUGUGCUCAAAUGGACCCGAUAUAGCAUCAUUGAUCAACCAAUUAGCAAUAUUUAAUGUGACAUCCACACUCCUUGGAGUACUAUUAUCUUACCUUAUGAUUCUCUUAGCUGUAUGUCGAAUGCAUUCUGCAGAAGGAAGAACAAAAGCAUUCUCUACAUGUGCUUCUCACCUAACCGUGGUGGUGGUCUUCUAUGGGACUGUUUUCUUCAUGUACGUGCAGCCCAAAUCUACUCAGCCCUCUUUAAUUGAUAAACUGUCCUCUGUGUUUUACACACUAGUUGUUCCCAUGCUAAACCCAUUUAUCUAUAGCAUUAGAAAUAAGGAAGUAAAAAAUGCCUUCUACAGGGUCUUCUGGAAGUUUAAAGUUUGA